CGCGGGCCCGUCUCGCGCUUCAAUUUACGCCGAGGGCCAGGAAAGGGCCCUCCACCUCCUGCUUGAGGAAGGGCCUGGGCAGGCGCGAGUUAACCCGGGCCGGAGGCGCAGCGCCUGCGGGCCAGUUUGCGCCCCCCCGUUGGCUCUCCUCCUGCAGCUGCUGCGUGCGCUUCCCGCCCGUCCGCCUCGGGGGAAGCCUCUGGCUGCGCCCCCGAAUAGGCGAGCCUUUCCAGUUUUCCGCUCGCAUUUUCAACCCCCCCCCCAUUUUUGUCUCCCGCUUUUGCGGCGCAUUCACACACUGGACUUCUCCCCCCCCCGGUUAUUUUGAGGUGUUUGGGGAGACGGACCAGGUGCGCAUGACAUCCGAAGGCUCGGACUGCCGCUGCAAGUGCAUCCUGCGGCCCCUCAGCAAAGACGCCUGCAGCCGCCUCAAAGGGGGAAGCAUGAGGGUGGAGGAUUUCUACACGGUAGAGACGGUCAGCUCUGGGGCUGACUGCCGCUGCUCCUGCACUGCCCCUCCAGCCUCGCUCAACCCCUGCGAGAAUGAGUGGAAGAUGGAGAAGCUCAAGAAACAGGCACCCGAGCUCCUCAAGCUGCAGUCCAUGGUUGACCUUCUGGAGGGAACCCUCUACAGUAUGGACAUGAUGAAAGUCCAUUCGUACAUCAGCAAGGUGGUCGCACAGAUGAACACACUCGAGGAGACCAUCAAGACCAACCUGAGCCGUGAGAACGACUUCAUGAAGGAGAGCGUCCUCCACCUGAGCAACCAGAUGAAGCGCUACGAGAACUACUCUGACAUAAUGAUGGGCAUCAAGAAGGAACUCUCCAGCCUGGGCUAUCAGCUGCUGCAGAAAGAUGCUGCCCCAGCGCCGGAACACAAAGCCCAGGACACCACUGGGGGGGAAAGCAAGGAUGGUGCUGGGAAGUAUUCUAGCGCUCGGAAGAGCCUGGGGGACAAGGUUGCAGCGAGGACUCCCAAGGAGAAACCCCCGAAACCAGAGAAGCCGAGGAAGGAGAGCGCCAAGGGCCGGAUGGGCACUGCACAGCCUACUCUCAAGCCCAAAUCCUCGGGGCACCAGCAAGCUGUGAUCCGGGGCAUCACUUACUACAAAGCUGGGCACCUGGAAGACGCCGAGGAGCUGGUGAGCCAUCACGGCGAGUCAAAAGAGACCCCUGUGAAGGGAGCUGUGUUUGGGGAGGAGGGCAAAGGUCCCGAGCCUCACCCAGCCCAGGAUGUUCAGUCAAGGAGAGGCGAAGGCCCUGCAGCAGUUCCCAGUACCAGCAGUACCACCACCCCUGCGCCCAGCAGCACCUCGUCUCCCAGGACCAGCAGCCAAAGUCUGCCGGGCUCUGCCCUGCCCAUGGGGGAACAUGGGAAUAUCACUGCAACCACUGACCUUGGACAUGAGGCGGAGUGCGAAGGCACCUUACAGGCAGUGGAGCCCCCCGAGAAGCAGCACAGCUACGGCCGCAACGAGGGGGCCUGGAUGAAGGACCCUGCCGCCAGCGACGACCGCAUCUACGUCACCAACUAUUACUACGGGAACAGCUUGGUGGAGUUCCGCAACCUGGAGAACUUCAAGCAAGGGCGUUGGAGCAACCUCUACAAGCUGCCCUACAAUUGGAUUGGUACAGGCCAUGUGAUAUUCCAGGGCGCUUUCUACUACAACCGGGCCUUCACCAAGAACAUAAUCAGGUAUGACCUGCGGCAGCGCUUUGUUGCCGCCUGGUCCCAGCUCCACGACGUGGUCUACGAGGACACCACACCGUGGAAGUGGCGCGGCCACUCAGACAUCGACUUCGCCGUGGACGAGAGUGGCCUGUGGGUGAUCUACCCUGCUGUGGACUAUGACUACACCCAGCAGGAGGUCAUUGUGGUGAGCAAGCUAGAUCCUAGCGACCUCUCCAUCCGCAGGGAGACCACGUGGAAAACAGGCCUCAAGCGCAACUCCUACGGCAACUGCUUCAUCAUCUGUGGCAUUCUGUAUGCUGUGGACGAGUACAGUGCCAAGGAAGGUCAGGUGACCUAUGCCUACGAUACCCACACAGACACAGAGGCCAACCCCAAGCUGCUUUUCCUCAAUGAGUUCGCGUUCACCACGCAGAUUGACUAUAACCCAAAGGAGAAAGUCCUCUAUGCCUGGGACAAUGGCCACCAGGUCACCUACAGACUGCACUUUGUGGCUUGAGGGGCAGGCCCCGUGGAGCAGAGAUUGCGUGCCGGGGUAAAACUUCCUCGUAGGACCACAGCCUCGGAUGACAAACUGGCCGUGUGUCCAUGGAUGUGCCGAAGACCAUUCCAGAGAAUGGAGCCUUCUGUGACUCAGACCUAUCCAGGGCCUUCCAGACAGGGAGUCCUUUAUCUAUCAAAAUAGCUUUUGGAAAGCAGGUCAUUCUCUCCAACAACAUGAGGGUGUUGGAGGCGGGGUUGCAAGGGGGAGAACAGGAGGGAGUGUAUGUGCUAACCUCCUCGCCCUCUUGUUAAGCCUGUCAUGCAAAAGCCUUGCUUCUUCCUAAAGGAGGUGCUCUGCCAAAAUAUGUUGCUUGUGCAUUUUAUAGGACAGAACGUAGACCAUAGGAACCCGUGUGUGUGUGUGUGUGUUCCCUUAUGCCAUGUUGGUCCCCACAGGCUGGAGGCAGGCAUGGCAGAAUCAAGGCCAGUUCCUAUUUAAACAGUGGUGGUGAUAUAUCCUGCGCCAGCCCCACGAUGACAUUAGACUGGACACCAGGUCCACUCCCACCUACAGGCUGGCCAGGAGGGGAGCGAGCGUGUUGCACAAUGCAAGCCCCAAAGCACAGGCACAUCUCCAGCCCUGGUGCUGCCAGCAUAGCAAGAGCUCUACCCCAUAAGCUUUCCUAUCCCUCGAAUCAAAGCCGAAUGAGGGCAGGGGGGGUGUAGCCCCCAACCUGCCCUGCCCCCCUGGCCACUUGCACCCACUUCAGUGGUCCCCCGGCUGUUCCAUGAAAUCUGCACCCCGCAGGCAAGGACUCCUCGUUCCUUAACAAAUCCAUCACAAAGGUUGCUCUCACAGUUUUGUUUUUCACCCUCUUUCUGGGCACAAAUUCCCCAGCAACGCCUCCUCCUGCGCUAGAUCUGUAGAAGGGGGUGGACUGAAUUCCUCUGGGUCUGAAUUACACGGAGGCUUUGCGGCCGGAUUAGGCCCUCUCCGCCUGAUGGAAAGUAGCUGUGGCAUUUUCCGGCCCCCUUUUUGGAGCUGGUGGGGUGGGGUGGGGAGUGUGCAGAUCAGCAGCAGAAUAAGGGGCUUCCCUUUCUCCCGAAGGAGUGCAAUCACACUCUACUCCCCCUGUUUUAUAUAUUACUUUGCAAAGAAAAGAAAACUGGGCAUUGUCUCCAUAUGCUAGUGCUUGGUUGUUUUAAACAUGUGGGAAUCUGGCAAAGCUUGUUGCUUAAUAAGGCUGUGCUUAAAAGAAAAUUCCCCAUGGAGAGGAGAGGGAGGCAGGCAGGCGGCCCCUGGCUGAGCAUUAGCCAGCUGGGGAGGGCCACUUGGCCUUGUCAAGCAUAAUGUGCAUCUUGUGUUCAUGGACGGAAGCUGUCGGAGGCUCCUUUCGAGUUUCCGCUUGAGAGUGAUGCUUCGUGUGCUGAGCUGAUGACCCUGGAAUUUGAAGGGGGGGCCUGGUAGGUCAUCAAAUCCAGCGCUCUUCAAUCUUAUCUCCACUGAUGUUUGGACUACAACCCCCAUCAGCCUUGACCAUUGGGUAACCUGGCCGGAGAUGAUGGGAAACAUGGUCCAGCAACAUCUGGGGAUCCAAGGUUCCUCCUGCUUGGCGCAGGAAAUGCAGAGCUUAGGGUAUCUGCAAGAGAUGGAGAAAGGCUGUAGGGGUGGAGUGGCUGCUUUGCAUGUAGAAGGUCCCAGGUUCAGUCCGCCAUGGCAUCUCCUGGGAGGGCUCAGAAAGUCUCCCUGACUGAAACCCUGGGGAGCCACAAGGGUCUGACUUAGUGUAACGCAGGUUCCUGUAUUCUGUGCUCCUGUGGCUGUCUAGCCUCCGCAGGAAGAUCUCCAUCAUCACCCGUCUCACUAAUUGGUUCCAUCGUUGACCUGCUCACCGUCAAGAAUUUUCUCCUAAUGUUCCAUCAAAAUCUCCCCUCCUAGGUCUAGCCCUUAUGGUCCUUGAGCAUGGCAGUCUGGAAUUGGUCGAUAAUAUGGGCUGCUUAGCCUUCAUAAGGAAGAAGGGAAACAUCCUCUGGUUUCUAAUACUUUAGCUGUACUUGCUAUCACUUUUUCAAAAAAAUUUAUUGUAUCCAUAAGGACCAGAAACUCUGAAAUGCAGGCAUUCUCAGGAUUCUGCCCCAAUGGCGGGAGUUACACACAUGAGCUUUGGCCAAGGGGCAACUUGCAGCUCAUUCCUGCUGUUAAGAGAUUUCCUCUGGUUUCAGACUUGCCCACUGCCCACCUGUUGCUAAUGCCAAAGAGAGCUGAGGCGGGGAGGGAGUUGGCUUUUGUAUGACAGUACUAAUAUUUUCAUUUCCAUGUCUGCAAAUGAAUUUCAUUAAAAACAAAAGAAAACCA